CGAAAUAAUAACUAAGCCAAGUUGAAAGGAAUAGCUAAACCCCCUUUCUGUCACUGUAACAGUGCGAUGAAUAUGGGAUAUUCGGACAAUGAAUUUGACGUAAUCGUCGUAGGGGCGGGCGUCAUGGGGAGCUCCACGGCGUACCAACUAGCCAAAAGAGGCCAAAAAACGCUACUCCUCGAGCAGUUUGACUUUCUCCACCAUCGAGGUUCCUCUCACGGCGAGUCACGCACCAUACGAGCAACGUACCCUGAAGACUACUACUACGGCUUGGUCGAUGAGUCCUAUCGGUUGUGGGAGCAGGCUCAAUCUGAAAUCGGGUUCAAGGUUUACUUCAAGGCCCAACAGUUCGACAUGGGCCCAUCCGACGCCAAGAGUCUCCUUUCUGUGAUCUCUACUUGUAGAAAGAACGGCAUCCCGUACCAAGUCCUCGAUCACCGGCAAGUCGCUGAAAGAUUUUCGGGACGGAUCGAUAUACCAGAGGACUGGAUUGGUGUGUCGUGCGAGCUUGGCGGCAUCAUCAAGCCCACCAAGGCAGUGUCAAUGUUCCAAAUGCUGGCUUUCAAGAAUGGUGCAUGCCUUAAGGACAACAUCAAAGUGGUUAGCAUAAACAAAGAUGGUGACCGAGGAUUGAAGGUAGCUGCAAGCAAUGGUGAAAUUUUUUGGGGUAAAAAAUGUGUGGUGACAGUGGGUGGUUGGAUGAGAAAUUUGGUUAAAAUGGUGUGCGGCAUUGAACUUCCUAUCCAACCAUUGGAAACCAAUGUAUGUUACUGGCGGAUUAAGGACGGACACGAGGUCGAGUAUGCAAUUGGAAAUGAUUUUCCGACGUUCGCUAGCUACGGACACCCAUACAUUUAUGGCACACCGUCACUGGAGUACCCGGGAUUGAUUAAAGUAGCAGUACAUGGAGGCUAUCAAUGUAACCCAGACAAAAGGCCAUGGGGACCAGGACUUGUGCCCGAUUCAUUAAAGCAAUGGGUUGAGCAAAGAUUCAAAGGGAAAGUCGAUUCGAGCAAACCAGCCAUGACUCAAUUGUGUGUGUACUCGAUGACACCUGAUGAGGAUUUCGUGAUCGAUUUUUUGGGAGGGGAGUUCGGGAAGGAUGUGGUGAUCGGAGGUGGAUUUUCAGGUCAUGGGUUCAAGAUGUCACCUGCGAUAGGGAGGAUAUUGGCUGAUUUAGCGCUUAUAGGAGAGGCAAAGGGAGUUGAGCUAAAACAGUUCAGGAUAGCAAGAUUUGAGGAGAAUCCUAGAGGGAACAUUAAGGAAUAUGAAGAUCAAGUUGAGUUAUUAAAAAGUACAUUGUGAAUAUUUGAUUCUGUAUGUGUUUUUGUUUCAGUUGCCACCAGCAUCACCCUACCAAUCUUAGCUUCUUUUUCUUUAGCUCUAGAAUGAAUAAUCAUCAAGAAAAAUAAAUAAAACUUCUAUCAUGUUGAUAGAAAAAAUUGCUCUUGAAAA